CUUGUUUCUUAGCGGGCUCUAAAAAAAGUAACGCCUUGUCACGUUUCUUGUUUUGAUUCUGGCAAAGGGAGCCGUCGUGUUUUGGGCCCUGCUAUUGCACUUAUACUGUUUUUUCCUUUUGACAUUUUUUGUUCAGUUGCUAUUAGGGCGUAAUCUUCGCUAAUAUGCUUCUUUUUUGUCCGACUUGCGGGAAUGUUUUGAUCGUCGAAGAAGGACAGAAGUGCCUGAGGUUUGCGUGCAACACUUGCCCCUAUGUUCAUAACGUCACGAGAAAGGUCAACUAUAGAAAGUAUCCCAAGUUAAAGGAAGUGGAUGAUGUUUUGGGUGGAGCUGCUGCUUGGGAAAAUGUGGAUUCCACUGCUGAAACCUGUCCAAAGUGCGAGCAUCCUCGGGCAUAUUUCAUGCAGAUUCAGACCCGAUCCGCCGACGAACCCAUGACCACUUUCUACAAAUGCUGCAAUGCCCAAUGUGGACACAGAUGGAGAGAUUAACAGAUUUUGUGAAAAUACUUUUGUCUUCCCAUGUGAUUCCCAGCUGUUCGGUACUUGCUGAGCUUUUUCUCAUGUAAAUAAUUUCUCCAAAUGA